AUGUCUCUAACCUUGAUAUCAGAAGAUAACCCCUUCCAGGGUUUGAUUGCAGAUUCAAAUGACGAUCCGGGUCUGUUGCAAUUGCGCUACGAGAAACACCGAACCUGUCGAAAUAAGCAGCAGCGCGAGAAGAUCCUAGCGGAAGACUUUUCCGGUUGGACUUUAGACGAGAUUCUUAUGCGACUAGACGGCCCUGGGAAAGAAGAAGGAUUUCUCGAUCCCCGGAACUGCCUUGUCAUUUGGGCCAGGCCCCCUUCUCAUAUCCGCGAUCUGAUAUCAUUUGUGCAAAGCGAAUUGAAGGAUGCUGCUCCAUCACUUUGGUUUAUGCCUCCUGAAAACCAGCACAUAACAGUCUUAGAAGUGGCACAUUCUUUGACCGAAACGCAGAUCGAAGAUCUCAUUCAAAUCCUCCAGUCUUCCACAAAUAUCACCCCGGCGCAGAUUUUAGAACAUGCAAUUGCUCAUAAGACACGCCUUCUGAAGCCAAUGGUGAGCUUCGACUCCGCUGCACUGGCACUUAGUUUUGUUCCCGCCGCAGGCGAAUGCUCAGCAGAACGAUCCGAAGGUCAUAACGAUAACUACACAUAUCAUCAUCUCCGUCGAGAUAUAUUUGACAUGGUUCGGCAAACCAAUGUUCCCGUGGCUUCACGUUAUAGUGUUCCUUCGGCACAUGUCACUAUCGCACGCUUCAUCACGCACGAAGGGUUCCUUGUAAACGGGACACACCCAGGGCAGCUUGACCAUUCGCGCGUGAAGUUGCUAGUUGAUAAGAUUGGUGGCAUCAACGAAAAGUUGAAAAGCGUCUAUUGGCCUCAACCUGAUGGUACCAAUCCUGAAGCAGGUGAAUGGGUCGUUGGGCAGGAUAAGGGCUUGGUAAUUCGGAGGGGACGUCUUUGGUACGGAGGGGGUGAGGAUGUGUAA